AAAGCUGUUGGUGAUGGAAAACGAGCCACUUUGAUACAACCAGAGUGGGCAAAGGUAAGCUAUGCUCCCACAGCCAUGUCUGAAUUUCCAAUGAGAUUUCCCUCAGUAGCUUCUCAAGCAAGGGUUAUCAGAAAAAUCUGAGGAUCAAACCCUCUGAUGGUGGGGAAAUUAAUACAUUUUGACUGAGAAGCUAGCUAGUUCUAUUGCUCAGAAAUGAAAACUUUAUUAUCAGUGUGGAAACGUUUCAUGAGGCAUGAAAUGUCUUAAGGAAACUUAAGUCUACAAAAAUGAUAUGUGGAGUGGUUGCAAUGGUAUGUUAAUGUCCACCAAAGUACCAACAUUCCUAAAAUGAUGAUGUCUAUGUGUCGGUGAAUGAUGGUAUCUUCCCCUGUGUGGCAGGGUCACUACCGGUACUGUGAGGCGUUGUUCCUCCUUGGGGAACACAAGCGGGCGGUGGCAGCCAACGAGUGGGCCCAGACUCUGUGCAAGGCUGACCCAGAGGGCAUGAAGGACCUGCUGCAGCAACAUACCAAGUUCAACAUAGAGAUGGAGAGCAAACGUCGCAGGGAAGAGGAGAGCAAAGGUAACAGGGAAACUCUCCUGCAGUCUUUAUGCUUACACAUAGAGGACCCAGGUGACCAACCUGAGUGCAGUUCUGUGGUACAUUUGGAGACCCUAUCUAGAACUUCAUAUUAAAACCAGUCGAUCUUUUAGGAAACCAGAUGAAUUACAGGGACAAAUUCUGGGGGGAUUGUACUACUCGGCUCGCGGUUACCGAGACUAAUUUGGGCCCUUGUAAAACUCCCUCCAUGACAAAUCAGAGGGAUUGUAAAACUGUCAUUAGCAGAUGAAUGUAACCCCCAACAAGAGCCUUCAUGCUAAGAAUGCAGCACCUCUUGUCAUGAGACAGAGGCAACUCUGCCAUAUGUUGAGUGGCCAUAAAUUGUGAUCAUAACCAAUAGUAAAAAGUGGGAGUGGCUAAUCCUAACCCUGCCUCUAUCAAGAAGACAUGAAAAAGUUCAGUUCCUUUGGGGAGCUAUGGAGAAGAAAUGUAUUGUUUAGGUUGUGGUCAAACGGAAGUAGUCUACCUUGUUAGUUACAAUGGCAUGCCAUUGGUUUACGGUAUGUAUUUCCUUUCAUUGCUCUUGUAAUCUGAGUCGUGGGUAGGUUGUGCUUGCUUUACCAGCUCUGUUCCUUCUUCAAAAGCAGGUUUUCCUCUUAAUUGUUCUCAAUUUAGAGUUGUUUGUUGGUAGGUCUCGUCUAGUUUUGCUAAAUCAUUCAAUCCAAGUCUGUAUGUAAUGUGUGGUUUCUUUUCAUGUAUGCAAACUGUAUUCAUUUCUAGUUGGCAGACCGAAUAAAACUGCAGCUAAGAAAGUUUCAAGUAAAAGGUAUGUACGGUACCUUACUCAAUGAUGUUUACAAACCAACCACAAUUAUACAUUUGUGGAUCAUUUAGAAUUUGUGUAACCAUUGUGUUUUACUGUAAUCUACAGAACGGACAGUACCACCAGAGCAGACACUACAGAGUCACGACAACAGACUGAUAAACCUGCCAGUAAGGUUGAGCCUUGCACUAAUAGCACCGCUCCUGAGAACAAGGUCAGUUACUCAGACCUGGCCCUCAACUUUCACUACCCUAGUCUAUGAAUUACAUUUAGGGGGUCCUCUUUUGUCCACAAAACAGUCCUCGCAAAGCGCAAAGAUUCACUAUGCAGAAAUUGCUCCACCAUUUCCUAGUUGAUAAAAUCCUAAUAGUACACCUAAUUUCAGUUUUUAUAUGACAAAUCAAGCAAGUAUAGUGUAGAGAAUCAUUGUACCAUCUAAACCUCUGUGAAAUAUAUUUUCCAUAACCACAAAUAUUGUAUUUUCAGCUGUUUGAAGCUGGUGUACAAAACCAAAAGUAAAAGACACAAAGAUUUAACUAAAGAAUGGUAUUUAUAGAAAUAACGCACAUAGAACAGAUCUACCACUUCUUAGACUUGCUUUCAAUUAGAAUGACAGAUCUAUAACUCACAUUUCUGUGAAUUUUUGGGUCGCUCAAAAAGUUACAUAUUGCAGCGUUUAAUCCAAAAGGCAGUUCAAGUACUGCAGCUGGUGAUUGCUUUGUCGUGCACUGAUCAGUGAGCUGUUUGAUCAGCUAUAGAAUUGACCCCAUCUCAUGGACAUUGUAAUGUUUCUAAAUAAAUCAUGUUGUGAGUAAUACUGUUGGGGCUGUUUUGCAGUCCAAAUAUGUAAUCCAUAAUGUUUUAGGAAAUUUAUAUUUCUGAUUAUCUUUUCAUGUCACCAAACCCAGUGCUCAGGAGUCAAGGUGGAAAGUCUGACACAGCCAGGUAAGUUUUUUGCUGCUAUUUCUGCUUUGCUCAAACUAAUAUAAAGGUCUUCUGUUAAGGUUGAAAUAAAUAGGAUCAAAUUGUUUAGCUAUUGAAUUAAAUUCAAUGCAGCUUUUUAGGUACCUCUAGAAAUGCUGUUGAAAAAAGUAUUAUGUCAGCACCUACCACAUCCUGAAUAUUGCCCCACCUGUGUUGAACAAUGACUAAUACUGUUGCAACGCUGAGAACAAGUUAAGCCAGUUGUUGUCUUGCAGCCCAUCAUAACCUUGUGGUUGUUUUGACUUCCCUGAGCUGUUUCUUUAAGAGCACAUAUCACCACUUUCUCCAGAGUUGCUGGUUUUGUGACUGUUUUCUUUGCUGAAACUUAUCGUUGCUAACCCUUUUCUCCCUAGUGAAAGCUGAAGGGGGAGCACAUUCAGUGGAUAAUGCAGAGGGGCCUAAAGAGACGAAAAGGUGAGUUUUAUGAUCGAUUUGCUUACCAGGUUUGUAAUACAAUAGCCUUACUUCACUGCCAGACCAACAGACCAGAGCUUCUGUUGAGUGGGGAAGAAAGUUAGUGCAGUAUAUUGAUCCCAAAUGGACCUCUUCAGUGUAACGCAAUGUUAAUUAAAGUUGGUGCAUAUGAACAAUAUGACAUCGAAUUAUGUUUUGGACAAACAAUAUAGGCUAUUUAUCUGAAGCAACGGAUCUGUUUUAUUUCGCAACUGCUUUAUUGAACCCAACCAAGAAUCUGAAUCGUUGUGUUAAAUUGUCUAUAGGAAAAGCACAUAAUGCACGUUCUUGAGAGGAAUUGUUAGUUGACAUUGGAAGUUCAGUGUGGUAUGUGCAUUCUUGCUUACUUGGUUAGUGCUUGAGGGUGCUAGUCAAAUAAUGUUAAAUAACUGCCUACAGUUCUGAGCACACUUUCAUACUUGGGUGAUUUCCUGUUUUUGGUCUGUCUCAAAUCAAAUUGUAUUUGUCACAUACACGUGUUUAGCAGAUGUUAUAGCGGGUGUAGCGAAAUGCUUGUGCUUCUAGCUCUGACAGUGCAGUAAUAUCUAACAAGUAAUAUCUAACAAUUUCACAACAUAUAGCCAAUACACACAAAACUAGUAAGGAAUGGGAUUUAAGAAUAUAUACAUAUAUGGACUAGGAGUGGGCGAUAUACCGGUUUGAUAGUAAAAACCGGUAUUGUGCCGCGCCAUGAUAUGGAUUUAGCAAUAUCAUGGAUACCGCGAUUUAUUCAGAAUUCAUAAAUUCGAAUUUUGCAUCAAUAUUUUUUUGUUCCAAAUUUCAACUGAGUGAUAGUACUAAGUAGCUACAUCUUUUUUUUUUUUUUUUUAUCCAACCUUUCUUGGUUCUUACGAAUAAAAGAAUGUAUGUUAAUAUGUUGACCUAUUUUUAUGAGCGCACGUCGCAUGCACUUGUUGCACGCAUGUAGUGCUAGCAACAAAGAAGUGUGCAGGCAGCUGCAGUUAGGAGGCAGGUUAACUAUUGGGGGAAAACUUUACAAUCCAGGAUGAGCGAAAACACAGAAAUUGAUGUUGCUCAAGAGCAGGAGGAUAAAUUGGUUAAGAAGAAAGGGGGCACCUCUGUUGUUUGGAACUGGUUUGGCUUUAAAAUCUCCGACCCCGACCAAAACACUACCCUAUGCAAGUUGUGUCGUCGUGUUGUCUUAGCAAAAGGUGGAAACACGACCAACCUGUUCAAUCACUUAAAAAACAUACAUGUCCGUGAGUAUGAACAAUGCACCAGAAUGCGUGAGACAGUAAGCCCAGGAGCUCGCCCGAAGACAAGCCAGACUCGCACUCAACAAUCAAUUAUAUCAUCAUUUGCUGCCGGUACUUGCUAUGAGAAGACGAGCAAAAAAUGGAUAGACAUCACAGCUGCGAUUACAAAUCACAUAGCGAAGGACAUGGUACCGAUUCAAACUGUGGAGAAAGAGGGGUUCAGAAAGUUGAUUCAAACUCUGGACCCAAGAUAUGAGAUCCCGAGCCGCAAAUAUUUUAGCCAAAAAUGCCUGCCACAGCUUUACACAGAAUGCUGGGACAGAGUUUACAGUGAGAUAAAUAACAUUCCAUUCUUCUCCACUACUGCCGAUCUAUGGUCAAGUCGUACCACAGAACCUUAUAUAAGCCUCACAAUCCAUUACAUAGACGGUGACUGGAAACUGAAAAGUAAGUGCCUACAGACGUCUUAUUUCCCAGACGACCACACCGGGGAAAUAAUUGCAGGUGGGCUGAGGGACAUACUGUCGUCCUGGGGAUUAAAAGAGUCGCGUCAAGUUUGUAUGACGACCGACAGCGGAUCGAACAUGAUCAAGGCAUUGCAGCUGAACAAGUGGGCAAACCUUGGAUGUUUCGGACACAGGCUGCACAAUGCUAUUGGUAAGUUUCAGGACUGUAGCCUAGGCCUACCCUGUAUGAUGCUUAUUAUUAAGAAAAAAUACAGCUCACAUCAGCCAUGUACCGUAGGCUAAAUCUAAGCACAUCAGAUUUGUAAAAUGUGUAACAGUUGAAUGUAAAUGCCGUAAAUCCUCAAACAAAGAUUAAAAGUUAUAUUGUAUUGUGAUUUCUAUAUAAAAAUGCAUUAUUAUUAAUUAUUAUUGUAUUGUGAUUCGAUUAUUUUUCACCCUAUUAUUUUGAUUUCUUAUUCCCAAUUUCCAGAGAGGAGUGUCCAAAACGCUCCCGGGCCACAGGGGUGUGCGAUUUCCCGGGCCACAGGGGUUUGCAAAAAGGUGGUUAGCACGUUCUCAUACAGCUGGAAAAAGCAGAAGGCCCUGAUGACAGCACAGAAUGAACUAAGCCUGCCCCUGCACAAGCUCAUCACAGAAUCUCCGACAAGGUGGGGAUCUCGUCUGAAAAUGAUGGAAAGAGUCCUGGAGCAGGAAAAGGCCAUUACACAGGUCCUGGCAGGGGACAAAAAGACACGGCACCUUGUACCUACCUGGCAAGACAUCCAGGUCUUGGAAUCAGUCACAGCAGCACUGAAGCCACUCCAGGACUUUACAGAUGCCCUGUCAGGAGAAGCGUAUGUGAGCGUGUCCUAUUUGAAGCCUGUCAUCAAUCUGUUAAAUGCAGAGGUUCUAAAUCUGAGCAAGGACGAUACAGAACUGACCAAAGAGAUCAAGAUCAAGGUUCUUGAUUACUUGAAUAACAAGUACACUGACCCUGCAACAGAUGAGCUGCUCUCCAUGGCUACCUUUCUAGAUCCAAGGUUCAAGACCAGGUACAUGUCCGCUGAGAAACUGGAGGACAUUAAGGUAUUUAUUCAUUUGUUCUUGUUUUAUUGCUUCAAAAGUAAAGCACUUUGGGCUGCAUUUUAUGUAUGAAAGGUGCUAUACAAAUAAAGUUUAAUUAUUUUCAUUUUUUAAGGUGAGAGCUGCCUCAGAGACCGAAGCCCUCCUGGUGGAGAACACAGCCCUGGGAAAAUCGUCUCUUGCAGAGGAUCACACUGACAGGGAGAAAGAAGCUUCCACUGCUCAUCAAUCAGGCAAGAAGCCCAAGAAGAGCCUUGGGAGCUUCUUUAAGCAGACCAGCAGUGCACCUGCCUCAUGUUCAGAGAGGCAGAUCAUUGAGCAAGAGCUGAAUAGCUACAUUCUGGCAACGGCAGCAGACAGCGAGUCUGAUCCUUUGGAGUGGUGGCGAUUUCACGGAUCUAAUUUUCCACGUGUGAGUUGUCUGGCAAAGAAAUACUUAUGCAUCCCUGCCACAAGUGCCCCCUCUGAGAGGGCAUUCAGCACUGGGGGCAAUGUGGUGACAUGUCACAGGGCAGCACUAAAGCCAGAAACAGUCAACAUGCUGGUAUUCCUGGCACGGAACUUGUGAAGAAAGUUCUAGUGAAGAUUUGUUGAUAUUGUUGAUAAUUGAUGGUUGAGGCUUGAAAGGUUUAGUUUCAAACGGUUAGUUUUUUACAUAUCUACGGACCGUAGCCAAAACAAACACACGUAUUUGAAUUUGUAAUUACCUUAUUUUCUUUAUCUCCUGUUAUUUUUUAUUUAAUUUUACUUAAUAUCUAAUUUAUAUAUAUAUAUAUAUAUAUAGGCCUACCUACCUCAUGUUUACGGAAUGCAUGUUUGCACAAUACAAAUAAAAACUUUUCAGGUCCAUACGGUCCAAUGCCUCACUCUUUCUGGUUAUAUAAGGUUCAAAUACAUAUUUUUCCUUAACUAAUAUAAUUUAACCAAGAAGGGAUAUUAAAAUGUGAUUCAUAUUUUUUUACGUCAUAUAUCGUGAUAUCAUAUCGAUAUCGUCUGGACAGUGGAAAAUAUCGUGAUAUGAAUUUUAGCUCAUAUCGCCCACCCCUAAUAUGGACAAGCAAUGACAGAGCGGCAUGGACUAAGAUACAGUAGAAUAGAAUGCAGUAUAUACAUAUGAGACGAGUAGUGCAAGAUAUGUAAAAAUUAUUAAAGUGACUAGUGUUCCAUUUCUUAAAGUGGCCAGUGAUUUCAAUAGGCAGCAGCAGCCUCUAAUGUGCUAGUGAUGGCUAUUUAACAGUCUGAUGGCCUUGAGAUGGAAGCAGUUUUUCAGUCUCUCGGUCCCAGCUUUGAUACACAUGUACUGGAGAUGUUGUUUCCUACCUUCACCACAUGGGGGCGGCCCGUCAGGAAGUCCAGGACCCAAUUGCACAGGGUGGGGUUCAGACCCAGGGCCCUGAGCUUAAUGAUGAGCUUGGAGGGUACUAUGGUGUUGAAUGCUGAGCUAUAGUCAAUGAACAGCAUUCUUACAUAGGUAUUCCUCAAGUAGCCAGCAUUCAGUUUGAAACAGUUGGAUAUAUUCAGUCACAUUUGUGUACUCUGCAAUUAACUACAGUAGGCUACUCGAAAAAGUAUGAAAAAUACUAUAAUCAGUUUUUUAUUUUCAGUCAAAUGGCUGAUAAAAAGAGCAGCAAAUCAGAGCCCAUCGCUUCAGAGAAACCGAAAGGGAAGAGCAGAAACCAGCAUUCAAAGGUACAGAUUUGUUCUUGUGACAACGAUGUCAUGAUGUUACAGCUCAGAGGGGUAUACUACAAAGCAGAAUCUGAGGUAACAGACCUAAAUAUUCUGAAAUAACUUAUUUUUUUAGGAAGAUUACCUUGGAAUGGUCAUGGUCUAACUGACUCGACAACCAAAAACACAAGUUUAUAGCUUUCAGAAAAUCAAGUUAUUUCUGGUUUAUCAAAGUUAGCUGACUAACUCAUUGAUCCUGCUUUGUAGUAUACCCCUCUGAAAUAGAAUUUCACAUUUGAUAUCACAACACCAAACAAAUGUUGGAUGCAUUUCCUGACUCUAAUUUCCUGCCAUAACUUUAACUUUCCCCCUCACUAAUGGUAUGCCCUUCAUUAUCAAAAUAUACUGUGGCCUCCCCUCCUCCCGCUAACCCACUAUCUCCCUGGCUCUGAAACAGAUUUUAUAUUCAUCCCAUUUAAUUGGGUCCUUUUUACCACAAAGAACAUGUCAACUAGGCUGAUGCAUGAUUUCCUGAAGUAGUUUUCACCUAUAAAUGUGUGUUUAGAAACAACUUUGCAGGUUAUUAGUGACUCAUGGAUACCCCUUCCCACUCAGAUAAAUUUUAUUUAUUUUUUUUAUUUUUUAAUUUCAUUUUUUGUUAUUUUUUUUAAAAAAAUUUUUGGGGGGGAUGGAUCAGCUUAAUAUUGCAGAUUGUAUCUUCUAUCAAUGUAAUUGUCUGCAUCACUUCCAAUCCCCCAUGUUUUUUUUUAUAUAUAUAUACUCCCCUUUAUUACUUUUCAACCCCGCCAUCCUUUCCCUACUUGGAGUAAAUUAGUGAACAACAAUGCCCAGGCCUCUACUUCCGAUCUAUACUUACUAUCUACACCUUAUGGACAGAGUUAAUUUUACAAUAAUUCUAUUAUAUAUAUAUAUUUUUUUGCUCCUGAACUACUUCUACUCUCAACCUCUCCGAUCAUUUUCAUGAUGUCCAUCCGGUUUGCUUCUAUAUGCCAUAUCUUUCUAACUGUGCUCUUUCCCAAAAGCUCCCAACAUACAACCUAUAUACUUAUUAUGGACACAGUAUGCUUACAUUAUUUACUCAGAUGAUCACAGUAUGCUUACAUUAUUAUCACUCAGAUGAUAUUAGGCAGAUCCGGAGACCCCAGUAUGCGGGACUUGCUGGUGUCAGCUGUGCAGGAUGCCCACACGGCCCUGGCCGACCAGCGAUGCCGCAACGCAGAGCAGGCCUUCUCCCAGGCCCUCGUCAUCCUGGAGACCAGCACACCAAAGGUACGGCACAAAGCCUGUCCCUCCCACCAUCAGUGAAACCAUUUAGAGAAGUGUGGUAAAGGAAGUGGGGCAACUUCAGCUCAAUCUGUACUCCUUGGCACAACCGCAUUCAGAAGAUAUGUGCAAUAGGAAAGGUGCAGCUUAACAGGAAACUGGGCUUUGUUUAGAGAAACUGUUUAGGAGGGUUAUUUUCUCACCCAAAAAUAAAUAAAUAUACACUGCUCAAAAAAAAUAAGGGAACACUAAAAUAACACAUCCUAGAUCUGAAUGAAUGAAAUAAUCUUAUUAAAUACUUUUUUCUUUACAUAGUUGAAUGUGCUGACAACAAAAUCACACAAAAAUUAUCAAUGAAAAUCAAAUUUAUCAACCCAUGGAGGUCUGGAUUUGGAGUCACCCUCAAAAUUAAAGUGGAAAACCACACUACAGGCUGAUCCAACUUUGAUGUAAUGUCCUUAAAACAAGUCAAAAUGAGGCUCAGUAGUGUGUGUGGCCUCCACGUGCCUGUAUGACCACCCUACAACGCCUGGGCAUGCUCCUGAUGAGGUGGCGGAUGGUCUCCUGAGGGAUCUCCUCCCAGACCUGGACUAAAGCAUCCGCCAACUCCUGGACAGUCUGUGGUGCAACUUGGCGUUGGUGGAUGGAGCGAGACAUGAUGUGCUCAAUUGGAUUCAGGUCUGGGGAACGGGCGGGCCAGUCCAUAGCAUCAAUGCCUUCCUCUUGCAGGAACUGCUGACACACUCCAGCCACAUGAGGUCUAGCAUUGUCUUGCAUUAGGAGGAACCCAGGGCCAACUGCACCAGCAUAUGUUCUCACAAGGGGUCUGAGGAUCUCAUCUCGGUACCUAAUGGCAGUCAGACUACCUCUGGCGAGCACAUGGAGGGCUGUGCGGCCCCCCAAAGAAAUGCCACCCACACCAUGACUGACCCACCGCCAAACCGGUCAUGCUGGAGGAUGUUGCAGGCAGCAGAACGUUCUCCACGGCGUCUCCAGACUCUGUCACGUCUGUCACAUGUGCUCAGUGUGAACAUGCUUUCAUCUGUGAAGAGCACAGGGCGCCAGUGGCGAAUUUGCCAAUCCUGGUGUUCUUUGGCAAAUGCCAAACGUCCUGCACGGUGUUGGGCUGUAAGCACAACCCCCACCUGUGGACGUCGGGCCCUCAUACCACCCUCAUGGAGUCUGUUUCUGACCGUUUGAGCAGACACAUGCACAUUUGUGGCCUGCUGGAGGUCAUUUUGCAGGGCUCUGGCAGUGCUCCUCCUGCUCCUCCUUGCACAAAGGCGGAGGUAGCGGUCCUGCUGCUGGGUUGUUGCCCUCCUACGGCCUCCUCCACGUCUCCUGAUGUACUGGCCUGUCUCCUGGUAGCGCCUCCAUGCUCUGGACACUACGCUGACAGACACAGCAAACCUUCUUGCCACAGCUCGCAUUGAUGUGCCAUCCUGGAUGAGCUGCACUACCUGAGCCACUUGUGUGGGUUGUAGACUCCGUCUCAUGCUACCACUAGAGUGAAAGCACCGCCAGCAUUCAAAAGUGACCAAAACAUCAGCCAGGAAGCAUAGGAACUGAGAAGUGGUCUGUGGUCACCACCUGCAAAACCAGUCCUUUAUUGGGGGUGUCUUGCUAAUUGCCUAUAAUUUCCACCUGUUGUCUAUUCCAUUUGCACAACAGCAUGUGAAAUGUAUUGUCAAUCAGUGUUUCUUCCUAAGUGGACAGUUUGAUUUCACAGAAGUGUGAUUGACUUGGAGUUACAUUGUGUUGUUUAAGUGUUCCCUUUAUUUUUUUGAGCAGUGUAUAUAUCGAUGUCAGUUUACUGUGCUAAUGUUUGUAGAGUAGGUCAAAUUAUUGCAACUUGGCUAGUUAAAGCUGUGUUUUGGAACGUGAUGUAUACAAACCCCUGUAGUCACAUGUUUUAGUUAGUCUGGCCAGCUACCAGGCUAGCUUGACUGAAUGUCUUUUUAAUUUUUUGCUAAGUCAGUUGAGUGAACGACGAGCCUUGCAAAUUGUUUGGUUUGGUGUGGAUUGGUGAGCAACUGCAGGAGCUAGCUAGCCAACACAAUUUAGCUAGCUUGCAAGUAUGUUUGCUAAUAUUUGCUAGCUUGCUAACAAGGUUACCUUGCCUGUUUUCAAAUACAGUAUCAGUUGCAUUAGCAAGCUAACUAGCCAUUGUCUAAUUUAGCUAGCAGCUAAUUCACUUUUUUCUCCUCCCCAGGAACUUGGCCUCUGUGCUCUUGACCAAGUUGUGCUGAUUUAUGGCCAUGCCUCAGCUCUGUUAGAGAUUGGUCAACCUGAGGUAAGAAACUUUGUGUGAUCGCUAGCUACCAAGGAAGGCUACUAUGCUUUUCAAGUGGUCCUUUGUAGCUCAGUUGGUAGAGCAUGGCGCUUGUAACUCCAGGGUAGUGGGUUCAAUUCCCGGGACCACCCAUAUUUAAAAUGUAUGCACGCAUGACUGCAAGUCGCAAAGCGUCUGCUUAAUGGCAUAUUAUAAGUGUUUUGAUAUGGUCUCAACCACAAUCAGGCUUUGUACUGUUUUUUCUUCUUCUUCUAUUUAGGAACUUGCUGAAGCUCAAAGGGACUUUGACAAGAUCAAAACCUUUGAAGAGAGGAAGUUUCAGUGUCUGGUUUUUUACGGCAUUGGAAAGGUGUAUCAGAAGGAGAACCGGUAGUUACAGAUGGGAUCAUGUUUAUAGAGCACUCUGAAAUUAUAGGUGCACGUCACAGGGUAUACUUACAAAUGUUUUUUUCCUCCCCCCCUGUAGAUUUCCAAUUGCUCUGGAACAGUUUUCUAAUUCUAUGCAAAUGGUUAAGAAGAAGAUAACACCUGGUAAACUGACUUGGCCCACCACAACAGCUAUUGUUGAGGAGACUAAGCUGGACUAUUUCAAGGUACGUUCUCAUUUAUGAUCUUACUUGGGUUUUGGUUCAAAUCAACUGUUGAAAUGAGGCAGGAAAUGUCAUUGCUUGCUGUGGUUUUGAUUUUGUUCUGUUUUUUAUUUUAAUUUGAACCCCAAACCAGGAGCUGCUAGAGGAAUCCAUAGAGAUGUGCAAAUUUCCACCUAAACCAGAUGCCAUUUGUCGGCAUCAGAAUUGCCAUGGCCAUUCCAAAAUGGAAAUCUACUUCACAGAUCCAGAUUUUAAGGUAAAUGACAAAUGUGAUCAACCUAAGUUGCCUCCAUGAAAGUCAGACCUAACAUGUUCACUAAACACUCAUACCUCCGUCUUUACUCAUAGGGUUUCAUUCGGGUGGUUUGCUGCCAAAGCUGCAAAGUGGAGUACCAUAUCAGCUGUUGGAAGAAGUUGAAAGUAACAGCAUUCUCUGAUAAGAAUGAAAAGGUAACAUCUAUUUGCAACCUUCAAGUUCAAGUGCACACCAAUUUUCUUUUACGUCACUCUUGCCGCUAGUAUACUCAUGUCUGUUUUUACCCACAGGAUUUCCUGCAGGAAAUUUGCUUUACUCCAGAAUGUGGGGGUAGAAUCUGUCAUAUUAAAAUAUAUGGUUCAACAGGGCUUGUCAAAUGUGAGGUAAGGAAUUUCUCUAAUGUUGGCAUGUUAUUAUUAAAGCUACAAUAUGUAACUUUUUGGGCAAUUCACAUAGAACUGUGUGUUAUAGAUCUCAUUUUCACUGAAAGCAAGUCUAAGAAGCGGUAGAUAUGUUCUAUGUGCGCUAUUUCUAUGCUUCCCGCUAAGUUUAAUUUUACUUUCGGUUUUGUACAACAGCUGAAAAUACAAUAUUUUUGGUUAUGGAAAAUAUAUUUAACAGCGGUUUAGAUGGUACAAUGGUUCUCUACACUAUACUUGCUUGUUUUGUCACAAACUGAAAUUAAGCAAACAAUUAGAAUUUUUGCAACCAGGAAAUGGCGGAUCGAUUUCUGCAUAGUGCAUCUUUAAAUGUAAUCGCCAUUUUAUAUCACAUUAAUGAGUCUAUUAUUCUGUGUCUUUAGUUUGUGUCUUUAGCAUCUAUUGAAAAACAUAGAGGUACAGCAAAAUUGAGAGUAAAUCAGAAAUGUUCAAGGUGAGUUGAACCAACAUUUUUGUGCUGAAGUUUCUCUACAUGUCCAUACCCAAUGCAAUUUAUCAAACUGCAGACUGAGCACAUCAAAGAUUUGUAUGUCAAGCAAAUCUUUAACCAAGGCAGUACUAUUACUACCAUCACAAUUGUUUCUGUAUCUUAAUGUUUUUAAUUUCAUUUUGUUUGCCAGUCUCAAGAAGUUGAAAUCCAAAGAGGAUCGUAAGGUCAGACGGAAGCAAUGUAGGCAAGAUGCUUCUCUGACUACGCAAGACAAGAAUGAUCAGAUGCCUUUGGAGAACCGGGAGACCAUUGUCGUAGAACAGAAGGGUACAGACAUCUUACAUUUAUUAUAGUCCACCAGAUGUACAUUCUCCUUUCCAAAGGAACCAGUUUCACUGACUUCACCCUUAAAGAAUGUGAAGGUGUGACUACUAAAUGCAUGAUGCAAUCCACAUCACUGUUACAUUCCAAACUCUGUUCUGACCACAUACCAGCUUCUCUGUCACAGUAUCCUCAAUUCCUAACUGUUUAACACCCUUCUCCAGCUUCAUCCCCCACCUGGCUGUCUUACGGGGACCGUGUUCUGCUUCAGAUCAGCGAUAGCAAGGAUCUGUUCAGGGACAAGAGCCACAACAUCUCUGUGUUGAUGAAGAACCUUAAGCCAUGGAUGGACAUGGACCGGAUCAAGGGAAGCGAACUGGGCAUGUCGUAUGCUGGGAGGCAGCCGGAGACGCUGGGGGAUGUGGUGGAGCUCCUCCUGGAAAGGAAGAACCGGGUGUGGGCCCGCAUCUUUAUCCACAGCCUGAGCGGCUGCCUGGACACCAGCCCCAAGCUGCACGACUGGGCCCACCAACUGGACAGCUCAGGUCAGCACACAUUACAUUUUCUCCUGGUAAUCAGGACUUCAACUUGUGUAUUGAAGAGCAAUGCUAACCUCCCAGCUGCAUACUUGUGUACCCUCACAACUAGAUUACUGGUUCUAUUCAAGUACUCUGCAGCAACACAAAUCGGCAUGACUUUAUGCUUUGUGCCAUCUUGGCUAAUUUCCCUUUUCCUCCCCUGAUGUACUUCACAGGUCUGAAUGCAGCUGGACUGUUCAUUGACCGUUAUGCAGACCACCUGGAGCAGCUGGACCUAGCUCCUUUGCUACAUUUUGCCCCCCUGCAGGACAUGCUCAUAGAGAAGUUUGGGACCAUGCCUGAGUUUUUUAGCCGUCUUGGCCUGACUGUAACGGAGUACCUAAAGCAGGCCCCUCCCCAGGAGAUGAGGCUGUUUAUCUGGACUUUGGAGGAGCACAGAGACCAGUACGCCUCCUGCCAUGCUGCGUUGGAUGACUAUUUUGAAAUAAUGGGUAAGCGGUUAGACCCCCACGCACCCUCCUUAACAGGGGAAAAGUCCCCUUGAGGCUAAAAUUGGAAUAUGUUGUGCUGCUGUUGUGCUUUGGUUCCUGUUUCCAGUUGUCUUAACUUUACUGUUCUUUCAGAUGGGCCUUGUUUAGUGAUUAAAAAGACAGAGAAUGAAAAUACAAUUGUAAGUAUUGAUUGUUGGAUGCCACACUGAAGCAAACUUUUUGUCUGUUGGUGUUGCAUUUGAACCAAGGCAUAUUGAUUUUAACUUUGACCAAUCAUCAAACUUCACUCAUUUUAUUUCAGAAAUACCCUAUUAAGACUAAGAACAGAAAUCGCAAAAAGAAGCAGAAGGAGCCAAAGGCGGUGAGCAUUAUGACUUAAACCUAAAGAAAGAGAGGCAAUUGUGUGUCUUCUGGACAUCAAUCUAAUUAUUUUAUUUUUCUCAGUCGGUUAUUGUCCUGUCGGGAAUGAGAGGUGGUACCUCAAGAGAGGAUGAGGACGAGGAUUUUUUAGAGGAGGACUCUUUGUAAGUUGUCUAAUCAGUAGAACACAAUCAUCGUUAAAUCUGUCCAUUGACAACCCCCAGCUUGUUCUCACCAGGUCAUAAUUUAUUUCGGCAGAAUGUUUCUUGACCCCAGUGACCCAUUCAGCGUUCCCAGUCAUCUUCGUGAUCAGGUGACAGAGUUUGAGGGACAGUACAACAAUGGCAGCCGCAGUAGCCACUACAAGAGAAUAUUGGACAACAACCCUGACCUGACUAAGGAGAGUUUGUAUGAGUAAGUUUGUACAAGUGUUUCUCCUUUGGGAAUUGGACAACAGGGUCUUAGUCUGCUAAAAAUGUGUGUGUGUUAUAACUUUUAUCAUGACUCAUGAGGACUCAAAGUCCAAGCAAUUGACCUGAAGUAUUGUGUUUUCAUUGUAUAUUCAGAUGUCAUGCUGAUCCAUAUUUGUCCUGUGUGUAUGGCCUCUGGCUCCUCUAACCUGCAUGUCUGCAUCUUUCCUCCCAGCUACUUUGCCCAGAUCCUGGAGGAGUACGGUCCCCUGAAGGCCCAGGACCCCCUGCUGGUGGGCGAGCUGGACAACUUCCCUCCCGACGCCCAGCAAAAGAUCCAGGAGGCCGGUGGCCUGAAGCCUUUCCUCCUCGAAUCGCUGCGCUUCGUCAUGACUGACAACCUCCUGGGCCUUAUGAAACACGCCGUGUCACUGCAGGAUGCCAACACUCACAGAAUGGACAAUCUGGACUUCAUAGGGGAUAUCCCCAACAGACUCUCCCUAAACCCUUCUGCUAUGGCGUUUCUCCCAAACUCCCAAGAUUCUGGAACUAGGGAUUAUGAUGAGCCUAUUGCUAUUAUCCCUGUGUGGCCUAACCUGGCCAUUGGAACUCCAUUGGACAAGUCAUAUGAUAACCAUGAUCCAAAUAACCUUGAGGAUCUUGACCUUUAUAUUAGAGAUGUAGAGGAAAAGGGAGUCGAGGCACCUGGAAAGACUGCAGCAGAAGUACAGGUGGGGAAUUGUCCUCAUUCAAUUUGAAAGUUUCUAUGAUCACAAGACCAAGUGGCUGCGUUUACACAUGUAGCCCAAUUCUGAUCUUUUGUUCACUAAUUGGUCAGAAGAUCUGAUGUGAAAAGAUCUGUGACAGGUUAAAGACCAAUUGGUGGAAAAAAUAUCAGAAUUGGGCUGCCAAUGUAAUGUCUCAUGUUUGUUCUUUCUGUAGGUAUCAACUUGUGUCGCCUUGAGUGAAGUGGCUGUUAACACAGAGCCUUUUGAAGGGAAUAAUGUGAGUUUUUUAAAAUACCUACAUUUAAGUCAUUUAGCAGAUGCUUUUAUCCAGAGUGACCUACAGGAGCAAUUAGGGUUAAGUGCCUUGCUCAAAAGCACAUGGACAGAUUUAUCACCUAGUCUGCUCAGGGAUUCAAACCAGAGACAUUGGGUUACUCGCCCAACACUCUAAUAAGCAUAUCGAAGCCUAAAGGCGUUAAAGUGCUUCAGUUCGGCUAGCGCCUAGCCGAAUUCGGUUAGACCACACCGAACGAGUGUGCUCACAUACUCCCUUAAAAGACCUUCAUUUGAAAAAACAAGAAACAAAAUCGGCAAUAGUACUGUUUGUCCAUUUUGACACACGCCGUAGCCAGUAUACACUUCCUCAAAAUCUCAUUCAUUUUGACGUUUUUGCCGAAGAGAUCUUAGUCGCGCAAUUUUACAGCUAACUAAGAUGUUUGGUGCAGUAUUUUUCGAUGAAAAAAUACAUGAAAACAAGUGGUCUCAUUGAAUCCCUACUGUUGACCAAUCACCAACGAAGGGGCGUAGACUUCGGCUCCAAACUUAAUCUUGCCUCCAGAAAAAAUAGUGUGCCCGAACAGCCGAGAGAACCCUCACUAAAGUCCAAAACAAACGUCACAAAAUGUCAUUAUGUAAGCACAAACUCUACCAAACUGUUUCGGCUGGGAAGCAUGUGGACGCCUUAAGGCUAAUAAAAGCCUACCUAAUAAGCCUCUGAUUCAGAGGGGUUGGGUUAAGUGCGGAAGACACAUUUCGGUUCAAUGCGUUGUUGUGCAACUGACUAGGUAUCCCCUUUCCCUUCCCUAAUAAGCCUAUACCUUUGCACCUAGUAUAGUAUUGUGCUUGAUCAAAUUGACCUUUUUAAAUUAUGCAUGUUUCCACGUUCCAGGGAGACCUGUCCAAGAAAGAGAAGAGUAAUGCAGAGUUUGAGCAGCAGAUCCAGCAAAUAAAGCAGGACUACGACUCUGUGAAGCAAAGACGCCUAAAGGAGAUCUCUGCCCUAGAAGGAGAGCUAGAGGAAAUCAACCAUUUAAUACAGGUAGGGAGGAGUACUCUCAUAUAUGGAGCGAUUUCAGUGCCAGCAGAAAUUGUAUUUUAAUUCUAUCCUUUUUUUAUUUGUAUUAGGAUAUUGAAUUUGAAUUUCAUAUUUUUGAAUGUUUAAUGCACAAAUUGAGUAAUUGAAUUAAUAAAUUGAACUUGUAUUUCAUGAUUUGAAACUGAAUUGAAUGAAUAUUGCAUUCAGUUUUUCAAAAUUCAAUUUAAAUGUAAUUGAAUAUUCAAGUUAAAUAUGUAUAUAUUAAUAUGGUAGAUAUUGCAUUCAUUGUCUUGUGUAUCAAGUUUACAAACUAUAAUUUCAAAGUUUCAUAUUCAACUUCUCAGAUGCAUUCAGAUUUAGUUUAAGUUCUGUUCUCUAAAUUCAGAACCAGAGACAACAUCCUGGUACUUUGCCAGCCAGCAAAGGUAGAGAAGAACAGAGACUCAAAUGCUCUCUGUGGUAAACAGACUUUUCUGAAGCCAUUGUGGCAUGUUUAAUUUAUUUUCUUCCUAUGAAUUUAGCUCUAGUGUUUGAACCGCUAUGGCUGUAAGCUAUCCUGAAAGCUAAGAGACUGGAGCAUGGAUGUGCUUUCUGUUCCCAUCUAUGAUGAUCACAGGCUGCGUUAGAAGGGAGUUCUAAUUUAAGAUAAUAAAUUAAAUGUUCCUCUUCCACAGAAUGCAUAUGUGUGUUUUGAGGCAGAAGUCCUCAGUUUGAGUCUCCAUAUGUGCUGAAUCAAUUGUGGUACUCGUUAAGCAAGCAGCGUGUCGUCCUUUACAUGAACUUCCUGAACAUACCUCUAUAGGCUUUAGCUAAGUGGGCUAACAGUCUUGUACAUGCAGGAGACCUGGUUUGAACCCAGUUAAUCACAAUAGCAAGAUUAAAUAGGGAGUGGUAUGGUGUUUAUUUUCAAACAACCAUACAGAAACAAAAGACAGAUGCACACAAAUUUCAACAAACAUCAAUGUUUGCUCAGACCCACAUGUUCCCACCGCAGCCAUACAUAUCACGUAUGUCUCAUAACCACACUCUCCUUCAUCGCCUGGAACUUUACAGUGCUUGUAGCACUCUAUGCCAUAUGGUGUCAAAUUGCACUGUUCUAUUUUUCUCUGUAGCCCACACCUUUUAAAUAUUUAAAUAAUAAAUUUGAUUCAUCUACUGUCGUAGUGAUGGAGUAUCAUUUGUUUUCCAUUUUUGAUAUAAAUGUUUUUUCAAAGUAAUUGACGAGAAAAGUAUGGUCCAUUGGGUAUUUCACCGCACCCUCAUAUGCCAUUUCUUGAAAUAUGCAGAUAGACGGAUUGAAAGUAAACUUGCAUUGUAUUUAAACUAUAUUCUUAUGGGGGCAAAAACAUAUAUUUUUUUACACUCCCUUAUAACGCAGCCUGUGAUCAUCAGAGGGGAUCAGACAGCAUGUCCAUGCUCCAGAGAGUCUUAGCUUUCAGGAAUGAUGUCACAAUAGAUCAUAGCCAAAACGGUUCAAAUGCUAGAGCCAAAUUCAUUGGAAGAAAAUACAUUUAACAUGCCACAUUGGCUUCAGAAACCACCAGAAGUUUCUAUUUACCACAGUGAGCAUUUGAUGCUAUCUGUUCUCCUCUACCUUUCCUGGCUGGCAAAGAACCAAGAUGUUGUCUCUUGGUUUUGAAUCUGAAUUUAGAGAACUGAAUUUGAAAACGAAAUCUGAAUGCAUCUGAGAAGUUGAAUAUACACUACAUGACCAAGUAUGUGGACACCUGCUUGUCCAACAUCUCAUUCCUUUGCUGCUAUAACAGCCUCCUCUCUUUUGGGAAGGCUGUCCACUAGAUGUUGAAAAGAUAAAAUGGCCACCCGGACUAUUUACAUUGAUUCCCCCCCCCCCCCCCCCGCUGCUACUCGCUGUUUAUUAUCUAUGCAUAGUCACUUUACCCCUACCUACAUGUACAAAUUUACCUCGACCAACUGGUACCCCCUGUAUAUAGCCUCAUUAUUGUUUUAUUUUUUACUUUAGUUUAUUUAGUAAAUAUCUCUAUUUCUUGAACUGCAUUGUUGGUUAAGGGCUUGUAAGUAAGCAUUUCACGGUAAGGUCUACACCUGUUGUAUUCGGCGCAUGUGACAAAUACAUUUACAUUUUAGUCAUUUAGCAGACGCUCUUAUCCAGAGCGACUUACAGUUAGUGAGUGUAUACAAACAAAAGUUUCAUACUGGUCCCCGGUGGGAAUCGAACCCACAACCCUGGCGUUGCAAACGCCAUGCUCUACCAACUGAGCUACAUCCCUCCCGGCCAUUCCAUCCCCUACCCUGGAUGACGCUGGGCCAAUUGUGCGCCGCCCCAUGGGUCUCCCGGUCGCGGCCGGCUACGACAGAGCCUGGAUUCGAACCAGGAUCUCUAGUAGCACAGCUAACACUGCGAUGCAGUGCCUUAGACCAUAAUUGUAUUUGCUUCCAUUCAGCCACGAGCAUUAGUGAGGUCGAGCACUGAUGUUGGGCGAUUAGGCCUGGCUCGCAGUCGGUGUUCUAAUUCAUCCCAAAGGUGUUCGGUGGGGUUGAGGUCAGGGCUCUGUGCAGCCAGUCAAGAUCUUCCACACCGAUCUCGACAAACUAUUUCUGUAUGGACCUCGCUUUGUGUACGGGGGCAUUGUCAUGCUGAAACAGGAAAGGGCCUUCCCCAAACUGUUGCCACAAAGUUGGAAGCACAGAAUCAUCUAGAAUGUAAUUGUAUGCUGUAGCGUUAAGAUUUCCCUUCACUGGAACUAAGGGGCCUAGCCCAAAAACAGUCCCAGACCAUUAUUCCUCCUCCACCAUACUUUACAGUUGGCACUAUGCAUUGGGGCAGGUAGCAUUCUCCUGGCAUCCGCCUGCACCCAGAUUCGUCCUUCGGACUGCCAGAUGGUGAAGCAUGAUUCAUCACUCCAGAGAACACGUUUCUACUGCUCCAUAGUCCAAUGGCGGCGAGAUUUACACCACUCCAGCCGACGCUUGAUAUUGCGCAUAGUGAUCUUAGGCUUGUGCGCAGCUGCUCUGCCAUGGAAACCCAUUUCAUGACGCUCCCGACGAACAUUUAUUGUGCUGAUGUUCCAGAGACUGUUUGGAACUCUGUAGUGAGUGUUGCAACUAGGGCUGUGGCGGUCACGAAAUUUCGUCAUCCGUUGAUUGUCAAGCAAAUAACUGUAGGUCUCAUAGUAAUUGACCAUUAAUUAACAAACACAUUUAGCAUAUCCUGGCUUCCACACACAGCCUACAAGCCACUGAUGCAGACCUUUUGGAACAUCUACAUUUGAUCAAGUCUAAUAAAUAAUGUAAUAUAGCCUACACCUUCACAAUAAAUCCAUUAUUUACAGUGAGGGAAAAAAGUAUUUGAUCCCCUGCUGAUUUUGUACGUUUGCCCACUGACAAAGACAUGAUCAGUCUAUAAUUUUAAUGGUAGGUUUAUUUGAACAGUGAGAGACCGAAUAACAACAACAAAAAUCCAGAAAAACGCAUGUCAAAAAUGUUAUAAAUUGAUUUGCAUUUUAAUUAGGGAAAUAAGUAUUUGACCCCCUCUGCAAAACAUGACUUAGUACUUGGUGGCAAAACCCUUGUUGGCAAUCACAGAGGUCAGAUGUUUCCUGUAGUUGGCCACCAGGUUUGCACACAUCUCAGGAGGGAUUUGUUCCACUCCUCUUUGCAGAUCUUUCCAAGUCAUUAAGGUUUCGAGGCUGACGUUUGGCAACUCGAACCUUCAGCUCCCUCCACAGAUUUUCUAUGGGAUUAAGGUCUGGAGACUGGCUAGGCCACUCCAGGACCUUAAUGUGCUUCUUCUUGAGCCACUCCUUUGUUGCCUUGGCCGUGUGUUUUGGGUCAUUGUCAUGCUGGAAUACCCAUCCACGACCCAUUUUCAAUGCCCUGGCUGAGGGAAGGAGGUUCUCACCCAAGAUUUGAUGGUACAUGGCCCCAUCCAUCGUCCCUUUGAUGCGGUGAAGUUGUCCAGCAUUCCUCCUCCUCCAAACACAGCGAGUUGAGUUGAUGCCAAAGUGCUCGAUUUUGGUCUCAUCUGACCACAGCACUUUCACCCAGUUCUCCUCUGAAUCAUUCAGAUGUUCAUUGGCAAACUUCAGACGGCCCUGUAUAUGUGCUUUCUUGAGCAGGGGGACUUUGCGGGCGCUGCAGGAUUUCAGUCCUUCACUGUGUAGUGUGUUACCAAUUGUUUUCUUGGUGACUAUGGUCCCAGCUGCCUUGAGAUCAUUGACAAGAUCCUCCUGUGUAGUUCUGGGCUGAUUCCUCACCGUUCUCAUGAUCAUUGCAACUCCACGAGGUGAGAUCUUGCAUGGAGCCCCAGGCCGAGGGAGAUUGACAGUUCUUUUGUUUUUCUUCCAUUUGCGAAUAAUCGCACCAACUGUUGUCACCUUCUCACCAAGCUGCUUGGCGAUGGUCUUGUAGCCCAUUCCAGCCUUGUGUAGGUCUACAAUCUUGUCCCUGACAUCCUUGGAGAACUCUGAUUGAUUGCUUCUGUGGACAGGUGUCUUUUUAUACAGGUAACAAGCUGAGAUUAGGAGCACUCCCUUUAAGAGUGUGCUCCUAAUCUCAGUUUGUUACCUGUAUAAAAGACACAUGGGAGCCAGACUGAUCAUUUCUUUGUCAGUGGGCAAACGUACAAAAUAAGCAGGGGAUCAAAUACUUUUUUCCCUCACUGUAUUUUAGACCGGUCUAAAUAAUCGUGACAAAUGUAUAUUUCAGAAGAACAGAAUAGCAUACUCUUGAGUUGUCCUGAUAUGGCUAUGCUAAAUGGCUGUGGGCUACACAAGUUCAUUUAGCAGACAAGAUUUGCUUAGAAUUCCGUGGCAAUAUUUUAUAGUAUGAAGAAUACAAUUGAACAAAGCUCCAAACAAUUUGAGGGGAAUGCGCACUUGCGGCUGUUCUAUGUUGAGCGUUUAACAAAGAAAUAGGUAUUCCUAUAUGCUUAAUUUAGAGUUGUUAAUGUAACUUUAGUUGUACAAACGUUGGGCAAUAUGUUUCGAUUUUUUAUACAUUGUAAGGCUGCAUGAUGUGACUAAUGAUUUGAAAAAAGUUGCUUGAAAGGCAUGAGCUCUGCUUAGUUUUUUGUGCAGGCUGUACACACUACAUCAGUGAGUCAUUCACAAUUUGACAAGCACUUGAUAAUGCCUAGAAUUUCACGGCGGCAUCCCCUUUGUGUGGCCUUAACGCACCCUAAAAAAAUAUAUGCCGUUUGCGGCCAGUGGCUGUUGUACCCUUCUCUCUAAGUGCUACGCGCUACAUCAUGUGAUCGGGUCAUUCUCACAAGCUACAAGUGACGACAGACACACCUGGGACGCAACUGCGCACGUCCUUAUCCAAUUCCGAGGGGCAUAUUGAAGAUAUUUGAAGAACUGUCCACAUUUACUUUUCAUCAGCCAACAAAAUGAGUAGGCCAAACAAACAGCAAAAGCACUAGCCUAUGUCAAUCUACUAUGCCCCAUAGUACAAAGGUCGACCUAUUCUGUGCGAGAAAUAAAUAUUCCAAACAUAGUCUGGGACAGUUGUGGGAUGCGACAGAUCCCAAAUUAAUACAACCACUAGCAUCAAAAAAAAUGUUUUUACGCAAUGUGGCUGACGCAACAGAUCAGAACAUUUUAGCUUAAAAUGUUGAUAAACUAUUAGGCUAUUUCUUCACAUUAUAAGCGCAGCAAUGCUCACAUGGCAGUAGGCUAUAAGCGCGAAUAUUCCAUUAGCGGAAAACACCAUUUAUCAAAAGUGACCGCGAAUGCAAUUAUGCAUGUAAUGCUUUUAUUAUAAAGGUGCAUUUUUAUGGUGAAGAUUUUAUUUAUUUAUUUCACCUUUAUUUAACCAGGUAAGCCAGUUGAGAACAAGUUCUCAUUUACAACUGCGACCUGGCCAAGAUAAAGCAAAGCAGUGCGAUUUAAAAACAACAGAGUUACAUAUGGGGUAAAACAAAACAAAGUCAAAAAUACAACAGAAAAUAUAUAUAUACAGUGUGUGCAAAUGUAGCAAGUUAUGGAGGUAAGGCAAUAAAUAGGCUAUAGUGCAAAAUAAUUACAAUUAGUAUUAACACUGGAAUGAUAGAUGUGCAAGAGAUGAUGUGCAAAUAGAGAUACUGGGGUGCAAAUGAGCAAAAUAAAUAACAAUAUGGGGAUGAGGUAGUUGGGUGGGCUAAUUUCAGAUGGGCUGUGUACAGGUGCAGUGAUCGGUAAGGUGCUCUGACAACUGAUGCUUAAAGUUAGUGAGGGAGAUGAGUCUCCAGCUUCAGAGAUUUUUGCAGUUCGUUCCAGUCACUGGCAGCAGAGAACUGGAAGGAAUGGCAGCCAAAGGAGGUGUUGGCUUUGGGGAUGACCAGUGAGAUAUACCUGGCGGAGCGCAAACUACGGGUGGGUGUUGCUAUGGUGACCAAUGAGCGAAGAUAAGGCGGGGAUUUGCCUAGCAGUGAUUUAUAGAUGGCCUGGAGCCAGUGGGUUUGGCGACGAGAAUGUAGUGAGGACCAGCCAACAAGAGCGUACAGGUCACAGUGGUGGGUAGUAUAUGGGGCUUUGGUGACAGACUACAUCCAAUUUGCUGAGUAGAGUGUUGGAGGCUAUUUUGUAAAUGACAUCGCCGAAGUCAAGGAUCGGUAGGAUAGUCAGUUUUACGAGGGCAUGUUUGGAAGCAUGAGUGAAGGAGGCUUUGUUGCGAAAUAGGAAGCCGAUUCUAGAUUUAACUUUGGAUUGGAGAUUCUUAAUGUGAGUCUGGAAGGAGAGUUUAGUCUAACCAGACACCUAGGUAUUUGUAGUUGUCCACAUACUCCAGGUCAGACCUGUCGAGAGUGGUGAUUCUAGUCGGGUGGGCGGGUGCCAGCAGCGUUUGAUUGAAGAGCAUGCAUUUAGUUUUACGAGUGUUUUAAGAGCAGUUGGAGGCUACUGAAGGAGUGUUGAAUGGCAUUGAAGCUCGUUUGGAGGUUUGUUAACACAGUGUCCAAUGAAGGGCCAGAUGUAUACAAAAUGGUGUCGUCUGCGUAGAGGUGGAUCUGAGAGUCACCAGCAGCAAGAGCGACAUCAUUGAUAUACACAGAGAAAGGAGUCGGCCCAAGAAUUGAACCCUGUGGCACCCCCAUAGACUGUCAUAGGUCCAGACAACAGGCCCUCCGAUUUGACACAUUGAACUAUAUCUGAGAAGUAGUUGGUGAAACAGGCGAGGCAGUCAUUUGAGAAACCAAGGCUAUUUAGUCUGCCAAUAAGAAUGCGGUGUCAGUGAGUUUGUAUCAACUAAAGUGGCCAAAUAACUUCAUAAAAUUAAGCACAUUAAUCCGCUUUACAAAGCGGUGUAGAGCCUAACUGGCAUACAUAAGCAGCACGUGAGUUUCAAGUUUGAGGAAGAUAAUCUUCCUCUUAGAUACUCCAAGAUAGCGUAGCAGUGCGGUCGUGUUCUCUUGUGUGUCCAUGUAAAUAGCCAGUUUUUUGUAUUUUACGUAUAUAUUUCCCUAUCACACUUUUCAUCCUUCUACUAAAUAUACUUUCCUGCAACCCGCCUCACUCAAUGCAGAAUGGAUUCUAUUAUUUACUCACCUUUAUCUAGAAUCUCCAGUUGAAACUAGCCAGCCAGCUAACUAGCUACUUGCUAUUAGCCGCCGUUUAGCGGUUUUCACCCAGAACAUCGGAUUUUCUGCCGGAAUAACUGAAUCACUGGACCAUAACACCGGAUCUAGCUAGCCGCAACCGAAUGGAUGUCGAAUGGAUGUUGCUGUAGGCUAAUCACCACUGCCCCCGUAACACCAGUUAGCCUUGAGCCUUGAGCUAGCCCCGGCUAUCUACCUCUCUGUCUACCGGACGGGAGUAGCCAGCUAACCAGCUAACUAGCUACUUGCUAUUAGCCACCGUUAGCGGCUUUUCUCCAUUGUCCGUGGCCUGCACUACCUACCAGCCAGCUCUAGCCUGGACUAUUAUCGGCCAGUCUGCACUGUCUGCACAGCGAGUUAUCGACCCAGAACCUAUCCGAUUUUCAUCCGGAAUCACUGAAUCACUGGAUAAUCGCAACUAGCUAGCUGCAACCAAAUGAACGUUGUUGUUGGCUAAUCAGCCUUGAGUCAGGCACAUCUCCCGGCUAUCUACCGCUCUGUCAACCGGACGGGACCUCCUAGAGUCGACACGGAGCCCUGCCGAUCCAUCACGACUGGUCUGCCGACGUAAUCGUCUGUGGUUUCAACAGGCUUCCCGUUGCGACGACCACGAAGAUCCAUCUGCUAGCCCCGGCCCGCUAGCACACACAAACUACAACCGUGCUUCCUGCUCGCUGUGCUGAAGCACCAAUUUGAACUGCUCUCGGACUCAUAUAUUGCUGUUCACUGGACCUUAUGAUCACCCAGCUGCACAGCUGAUGCCUGCUGGACUGUUCCUUUACACGGUACCCUGUCCUGUUUAUUCUGUUUAGCCUCAGCCCAAACUUUAUCGCCAUUACCAGUUGUUGUCUUAGCUCUCUCUAAUAACACCUGUGAUUGCGUUAUGCCUCUCUCCCAUGUCAAUAUGCCUAGCCUAUUGCUGUAUGGGUUAGUUCUUAUUGUACUAUUUCACUGUAGAACCCCAAGUCCCUCUCAAACUGCCUCAAAUAGUUCCUUUGUUCCACCCCCCAUACACGCCGAGACCGGCUCAAAUCGGUGCCUCCAGUGAUGCUAUCUCUUUCAUUGUUACCCAACGCUUAGGUUUACCUCCACUGUACUCAUAUCCUUCCAUAUCCUUGUCUGUACAUAAUGCCCUGAAUCUUUUCUACAACACCCGGAAAUCUGCCCCCUUUAUUCUCUGUACCCAACGCACUAGAAGACCAGUUCUUAAAGCCUUUAGCCGUAUCCUUUUUCUAGUCCUCCUCUGUUCCUCUGGUGAUGUAGAGGCUAACCCAGGCCCUGCAGCCUCCAGUAUCACUCCUACUCCCCAGGAGCUAUCAUUUGUUGACUUCUGUAACCGUAAAAGCCUUGGUUUUCUGCACGUUAAUAUCAGAAGCCUCCUUCCUAGGUUUGAGUUAUUCACUGAGUUAGCACACUCCGCCAACCCUGAUGUUCUAGCAGUGUCUGAAUCCUGGCUUAGGAAGGCCACCAAAAAUUCUGAAAUUUCCAUCCCCAACUACAACAUUUUCUGCCUAGAGAGAACUGCCAAAGGGGGUGGAGUUGCAAUCUACUGUAGAGAUAGCCUGCAGAGCUCUAUCAUACUAUCCAGGUCUGUGCCCAAACAGUUUGAGCUCCUACUUCUAAAAAUCCACCUUUCCAGAAAUAAGUCUCUCACUGUUGCCGCUUGCUACAGACCCCCCUCAGCCCCCAGCUGUGCCCUGGACACCAUAUGUGAAUUGAUUGCCCCCCAUUUAUCCUCAGAGUUCGUACUGCUUGGUGACCUAAAUUGGGAUAUGCUUAACACCCCGGCCAUCCUACAAUCCAAACUAGAUGCCCUCAAUCUCACACAAAUGAUCAAGGAACCUACCAGGUACAACCCUAAAUCCGUAAACAUGGGUACCCUCAUAGAUAUCAUCCUGACUAACUUACCCUCUAAAUACACCUCCGCUGUCUUCAACCAGGAUCUCAGCGAUCACUGCCUUAUUGCCUGCGUCCAUAACGGGUCCGCGGUCAAACGACCACCCCUCAUCACUGUCAAACGCUCCCUAAAACACUUUUUAGCGAGCAGGCCUUCCUAAUUGACCUGGCCCAGGUAUCCUGGAUGGAUAUAGAUCUCAUUCCGUCAGUAGAGGAUGCCUGGUUGUUCUUUAAAAGUAAUUUCCUCUCAAUCUUAAAUAAACAUGCCCCAUUCAAAAAAUACAGAACUAAGAACAGAUAUAGCCCCUGGUUCUCCUCAGACUUGACUGCCCUUGACCAGCACAAAAACAUCCUGUGGCGUACUACAUUAGCAUCAAAUAGCCCCCGCGAUAUGCAACUUUUCAGGGAAGUUAGGAACCAAUAUACACAAGCAGUUAGGAAAGCAAAGGCUAACUUUUUCAAACAGAAAUGUGCAUCCUGUAGCACUAACUCCAAAUAGUUUUGGGACACUGUAAAGUCCAUGGAGAAUAAGAGCACUUCCUCCCAGCUGCCCACUGCACUGAGGCUAGGAAACACUAUCACCACCAAUAAAUCUACAAUAAUCGAGAAUUUCAACAAGCAUUUUGCUACGGCUGGCCAUGCUUUCCACCUGGCUACCAACUACCCCGGCCACCAGAUCUUGCACCCUCCGCGCUGCAACUUGUCCAUGCCCCGACCUCGACCCCCGACCUCGACUCUGUCACACCCACCGCCUUCCUUAUUGGCGACUACAUAGACUUGGUUUCUCAAAAUGACUUCUCGCCUGUGUCACCAACUACUUCUCAGAUAGAGUUCAAUGUGUCAAAUCGGAGGGCCUGUUGUCUGGACCUAUGGGGGUGCCACAGGGUUCAAUUCUUGUUUGUUUUUUCAUGCUAUCCAGGAGGCUAUACUCCUGUUGUAAAGAUAACCAAUGUGCUUAAUAUUAGGAAAGUUGAGAAAUAAAUAUAGUAGGCCUAGCCUAUUGAAAGCUGACCCUCCUCUUGUAGUAGAGCCCAUCACUCUGUUUUCUCACACAAUUGUAUAGGCUCUUGAAAUGUUGCACAACAUGAGCUCAUGGGCUCUCAUGUGUUUUGAUUUAGAUUACAUUUGCAUUGAUGUCAGUGAUUUAUAGGAACAAUAGAGUGCUGAGUACCAGGAAGUUAGCAAGUUUGGUAGGCUACUAAUGACCAUCAGCAGCAUCAGAGCUUGGAGAAGCCUAAUUACCAUGACUAAACGGUCAUGUGGAAUUUGACUGCCUUCAUGACUCAUGAACCCCCGGUGUGGCGGUAAUAUGGUCAUGCAACAGCCUUAGUAGCAACCGAGGACAGACGAUUUUUACAUGCUUCAGCACUCAACGGUCCUGUUCUGUGAGCUUGUGUGGCCUACCACUUUGCGGCUGAGCCGUUGUUGUUCCUAGACCUUUCCACUUCACAAUAACAGCACUUACAGUUGACCAGGGCAGAAAUUUGACGAACUGACUUGUUGGAAAGGUGGCAUCCUAUGACGAUGCCACGUUGAAAGUCACUGAGCUCUUCAGUAAGGCCAUUCUACUGCCAAUGUUUGUCUAUGGAGAUUGCAUGGCUGUGUGCUCAAAUGUUAUACGCCUGUCAGCAACGGGUGUGUCUGAAAUGAUGACUCCACUAAUUUGAAGGGGUGUCCACAUACUUUUGUAUACAUAGUGUAUAUGAAACUUUGAUCGUUUGGAAACUUGAUACAAAAUGAAUGCAAUAUCUACCAUAUUGAAACUGAAUAAAUAAAUAAAUAUUUAACUUGAAUAUUCAAUGAAAUUUGAAAACUGAAUGCAAUAUUCUUUAAAGUCAGUUUCAAAUCAUGAAAUACAAAUUCAAUUUAUGAAUUCAAUGAUUCAAUUUUGUAUUUCAAAUAAAACAAUAUUACAUUUAAAUUCAAUAUCCUAAUAGAAAUUCAAAAUUGUGGAAUUCAAGUACAUUUUCUGCUGGCACUGAAAUCUCUCCAUACCCAUACUGGUGUCUGGAAGGUUCCAGGGCUAAGUUUCCCUAAGUACAGAUCUAGGAUCAGCUUCCCCAAUCCUAACCUUAACCAUUAGUGGGGAAAUGCAAAACUGACCCAAGAUCAGUGUCUAUGGGCAACACUUCACCCUACUUCUGUCUGGAAGAGGGCUGUUGAAACAAUGUGCUGUUUUAGUGUGGGCAGAUGAGCUCCUCCAUGAUGCUUUGCCUGGCGACUGAUGGUGUGUUUUGUGUUCCAGGUCACCCAUAUAGAGCUGGGCCUGUUCCAGCAGAAGCUGGAGGAGGAGGUGAAGAAGGACCAACAGGAGAAGAAAGAGAACCAGGAGACCGUGAAGGCCUUAAAGACUGAGAUAAAGGAGCUGGCGGAGUCACAGGAGAGGUAUGGCCGAGGCAGUCUACCCCUGCCCUGUGGAUAUCCAAAUGGGCAACAUGGGUGAACCAUGGGUGAACAUCAAAGGGACCUGUAACAUGAUCAAACUUUGAUUUUCGUUUUUUGUUAAUUUUGUUUUCCAUCCACAGCAUUUCUAAGAGCAUCCGUGAGAGGAACAAGGACUAUGAGACACACCUGAAUAAUGUCCUGGAACUGAGGUAAGUUAUUACAUGUUUCUAAACACACGGCAGUGGUUUGACAUGCGUCCUAAUGAGUGGCAUUUAGGUUAACAUGUCUCCAACUCUUCUGAGUGUUGUGCUGCUGGUGUGCUAAAUGUGCAGUGAUUCUUUCCCACAGUAACCAAUCAGCUGCUGAGAAGAUGAGCCUGGAGGAUGAGAUCAAGAGGUACAGAGACCUAUGUGCUAAGGCAACCAGGAGGUCUCAGGGAGCAGAGGUAUGUCUGUGUGUGGGUUGAAUGUGGAGAUACCUGCAUGUUCCUCAAUUCUUAUGCAGAGGUGUCCAUUUGCGUGGGAAGUAAGAUUAAGUUUCUCAUACCAUUAGAGCUGGAACCUUCUUUCCUAACCGAUUUACUUAAUUUUCCCUAGCUGUCUAUAUUAGAGAACCGGCGUGGCAUUGACCUGCGCUGCCUCUACAGGUCUCUGUCUGAAGCCAGGGCCAUCCUUGCCAAGCUCAAGGAAGUGGCACUCAGGUAGGUGUUGGUUACAUUAACCACAGGCUAGACUGAGGCCCUGUACACACAGUUGUAUGUUGUCUCCAGAACCAGUUUAACAGUUCCUUAGCGCUACACUGACUUCAGUAGAGACGAAGGGCCUGUUGUUGGUUCAAGGUCCGUUUCACAGCCUCCCCCCCUGCCCCCCCAACAGAUUCCCUUCCCAAAUUCUGCAGUCAGCCACAUAUGCCUGGGGAGCAUGUGUUCAAGAAGCGGAAGAGAAAGUCUGUGCAACUGAGGUAAAUAAUUUAAAUAAAAAAAACUAACACACAGAUUCAACUAUUACAAUACACCUUGGAAUAUAAAUUGGAAAGGAUUAUGUGAGUGCUGGUCCAGGUGUGUGUGACAGCUUUGUUGUCCUCCACAGGUGCAGUACCAGGAUCAUAUGGAGCAGGUGAAGAGGGGGACCAGGCUGUGUACUCUGCCCCCAGUGGCUGUCCCCAGCCCCCCGCGGCCCCCACCUGUACCAGUAAGAUGCAGCACAACUGGGCCUACUUUAAGUUUAGCAAAGGUUUACAUUUGCUGAUGUCUUUAUUUUGUUGUCCAUUCUGACAAAAACAGCAUGUUAGUUAUCUCUAUUAUGUCUUGGGGUUUAGUAAAAGUCUGAAUUGUAAGAGCUAUUUUGACUAUAAAUGCCUAGCGACUUGCUUUGAAACAGUCUUUGGCUAUUCUCAGCCUAUACCUUGAAGCAGUUUGUCAGAUGAGUGAGGCCUGUGUGUGGUGUGACCCCCUCUGUUUCUCCCAGAUCCACUCAGUCCCAGAGGUAGACCCAACCCCGUCUCUGGUCCCCCUCCCCCUCUGUCUCCCAUACCCCGGCCUCCCCCCUGUCGCCUACCCAGUCCUCUCCUCUGUCCCCGCCAUCGGCCUGGGCGUUCCCCUAGUGGCGCCAGGCUUGAGAUACAGCGCAGGCUUCACACUGCAGACAGGACAGGUGCUGGGGCUCCGCUUCCCCAUCAGAGGGCCCCUGGGGCCAGAGCAGGUAGCUAGGAACAGCGCAAACAUUCAGUGGCUAUACUGAACAAAAAUAUAAAUGCAACAUGCAAAUAUUUUACUGAGUUACAGUUCAUAUGAGGAAAUUAGUCAAUUUAAAUAAAUAAAUUAGGCCCUAAUCUAUGGAUUUCACAUGACUAGGAAUACAGAUAUGCAUCUGUUGGUCAAAGAAACCUUACAAAAAAUGGGCCUCACAAUGGGCCUCAGGAUCUCGUCACAGUAUUAAUGUGCAUUCAAAUUGCCAUCGAUAAAAUGCAAUUGUGUUCAUUGUCCGUAGCUUAUGCCUGCCCAUACCAUAACCCCACCGCCACCAUGGGGCACUCUGUUCACAAUGUUGACAUCAGCAAACCGCUUGCCCACACAACGCCAUACAUGUGGUCUGAGUUUGUGAGGCCGGUUAGACGUACUGCCAAAUUCUCUAAAACAACAGAGGCCGCUUAUAGUAGAGAAAUUAACAUUACAUUAUCUGGCAACAGCUCUGGUGGACAUUCCUGCAGUCAGCAUGCCAAUUGCACGCUCCCUCAAAACUUGAGACAUCUGUGGCGUUGUGUUGUGACAAAACUGCACAUUUUAGUGGCCUUUUGUCUCCAGCACAAGGUGCACCUGUGUAAUGAUCAUACUGUUUAAUCAGCUUCUUGAUAUGCCACACCUGUCAGGUGGAAGGAUUAUCUUGUCAAAGGAGAAAGGCUCACUGACAGGGAUGUAAACAAAUUUGUGGGCAAACAUUUUCUGGGAUCUUUUAUUUCAGCUCAUGAAACAUGGGACCAACACUUUACAUGUUGCGUUUAUAUUUUUGUUCAGUGUAUAUGUACACACAGUUUCUAUAUGUACACAAAGCUCCAUCUCCGCAAGCUAUACAUCUGCCCCUGGUCAGUUUGUCAAUGUGGUUCAGAACAUUUCUGUCGUAAUCUCGUCUUCUGUCAAGAUGUCUUACUAACCGGUUCCCCCUCGCUCUCAGAUGCUAUUCCAACCACAGGCUCACCAGCAGCUCCCUCGCCACCCGCUGCACAUGAGAGGCCCCCUCUAUGGCCACCCAGGGGUGCCCAGUGCCCCUCCGGCCCCAGCCAUGGCUCAGAGUGUUGCACCGUCCCCCGGCAUGGCUGGAGCUCUAGCUAGUGCUACUGCUAACGAUCCUACCGGCCAUUUCACGAGGCCUCUCCUUCAGAACCAGGCUCCCAGGCCACAGGCCCCACAACCCAACAAUGUGUGCGAGAGAAUCAUGGACCGCCUCAGCGUCAUGUUCCCUCACUAUAGCAGGUAACGUGCGCACACAAAUAGCAAAGACCGUAUGAUGGGUGUAUGAGAGCUGUAGUAUUCAAUACUGGUUUGUCGUUUCAGGCUCGUGCUGUACAAGUUCAUUGGGGAGAUACACACAGCCAACGGAGGCUGCCUGACCGCCCUGUCCUAUGAUGAGGUUAUCAACAGAGUGGCCCAGCUCAUCCUGGACCACCAGGACACCACCAGGGUAAGAGCCCCAAAGUAACUUGCACUAAGGACUAGGACCAUACUACACCUUUCGGCAUACGUCUUCGUACUUGCUCUAGUUCUGUGUCCCCUCUGUCAGGGAUAAUAUUUAUUUUUGAGAAGAUGUAGAACUACAAGGGAUCUCAAUUCAAGUAUUUUGCAAUGGAGAGGCUUCCAUUGAAAAUGUAUCACGUCCUCGGAUUCACAUUCACUUCUAGUUUAGAGAAUACCCACAACAGUUGGCUUCCGUAUGAGUAACGUGUGUAUGUGCGUAUCCAGGAGCAGCUGAGCAGUGUGGGUAAAGGUGACCCCGGGGCCCAGCUGUGUGGGACCCCUUCUUGCUCCGACUCCCCCGCCUCAGUCCGCUCCACUGGAACCCCUCCCACCGCCCACGUCUGGAAGAGAGUGGGCGCCCACGGACACUCCCAGGCCAAGGCGGUGAGUUCAGCUUUCUCUUCACACUGAUUCAUGCACAGUAAUCACAGCAGGACUCAACUCUUCUGGUCAGACAUGCUGGAUGUACAGACACAGAAGAGGUCAAAUUCAGGUCGAAUGGCCGCCGUUUUGCGAGCUCCAACCCAACUUUGUUAUUUUGUGAUUCUUUUGGCGUUUAUUUUUACUUUCUUUUCACAAUAUAUCUGCUAUCAUUUCUUAUAACCGAUAAUAACUUUUGAACAUCAGAUUGGCAGUUACUUACCUCAAUUCCGACAUCAACUUCAAUUAAUCUGCCCUGGGCUCUUUCUGUAAUUCCGACCCAAUUUUCGGGGGAACCAAGAGGAAACGCUGGCGUUGGAGGCAAGCGAGGGGGAGUCCUGGCGAGAUUAAGGCAAAGGGAAAACCAGCCACCUCUUCCCUCCAUUCUAUUGGACAAUGUACAGUCACAUGAUAAUAAGAUGGAUGACCGCGAGGUGCGGAUUUGCUACCAACGGGACCCUCGUAACUGCAAUAUUCUCUGCUUUUCUGAAACAUGGCUUUUGGACAAGAUACCCCCAAUGGCUAUACAACUCAAUGGAUUCUCCAUUCACCGACAGGACAGUGGAGUCAGGGAAAUGGAGAGGGGGAGGAGUUUGCCUCUUCAUCAACAACAAAUGGUGUGCUGACUCGAGCGCAGUGGAAGUCUCGACCCAUUGUUGACCCGUCUUGGAAUACCUGAUGGUCAAAUGGCAACCACUUCUACCUCCCCGAGGGAGUUUUCAGCUGUUAUUGUGACUGUUGUAUACAUUCCACCUCAAGACAAGAAAAAUAACAAGCUGGCACUUAAUAAACUAUACGAGGCUAUAAAGAAGCAGGAAAACUCGCACCCCAAAAAAAAUAAUUAAUAAUAAAACACAUUUGUAUUUCUUGUAUUUAAAAAAUUGCGCCACUAGGGGCUGAUAAAGUCCUAGACCACUAUUACUCUACCCACAAGCAAGCAUACAAGGCCCUCCCUCGUCCCCCAUUCGGCAAAUCUGAUUAUGACUCCGUACUCCUGCUUGCUGUUUACAAGCAGAAGCUCAAACAGGAAGGACCCGUGAAUCGCUGCAUUGAGAAAUAGUCACUAGAAUUAGACAUUAUGCUACAGGACUGCUUUGUUAGCGCUGAUUGGAAUAUGUUCCGAGACUCCGCCGAUAACAUUGACGAGCAAACCACCUCUGUCACCGGCUUCAUUAGGAAAUGCACCGGCAACGUUGUCCCAAGUGAAGGUUCGCUGCGUCCCCAAUCAAAAGCCCUGGGUUAACCGAGGUUGGCGCUAAAGGACAGGGCUACCGCACACAAGGCUAUCGCAGACAACCCCGAGGCUACGGCUGAAGACCGGAACAAGUACAAGAAAUCCGACUACGCCCUCCGCAGAGUCAUCAAACGAGCAAAAGGACAAUAUAGGAAUAAGGUGGAAUCCUAUUACAUUUACAUUUUAGUCAUUUAGCAGACGCUCUUAUCCAGAGCGACUUAGUUAGUGAGUUAGUUUUUCUUUUUUUAUACUGGCCCCCCGUGGGCCAAAUGAACAGGCUCCGACACCUGCCGCAUGUGGCAUGGCUACAGUCCAUUACGGAUUACAAAGGACGACUGAACAGUGAUCUGCCCAAAGAUUCCUCUCUACCAGACGAACUUUGACAAGAAGACCGUGCGUGACGGCCCCCACUGACCCAGAGGAAUGGGUGUUCUUGCUCUGAGGCCAAAGUGAGUAAGGUCUUUAAUCAGGUCAACACUCGCGGGGCUGGACGGUAUUCCAGAACUCCCUGUUCACCCACGACUGCAUGGCCACGCACGACUCAAACACAGUCAUGGAGUUUGCUGACGACACAAUGGUGGUAGGCCAGAUCACUGACGAUGAUGAGACUGCAUACAGGGAGGAGGUCAGUGACCUGGCAGUGUGGUGCCGGAACAACAACCUCUCCCUCAACGUCAGACCAAGGAGCUGAUCAUGGAGGGGAAAUGCUGCUCUUCUCUAUGCAUAAUUUGGUCUGAGGAGACAUUAUAAUUAUUUAUUUAUUCAUUUAUUUUAGGGGUUAGAUCGGCUUUAAUAUUGCAGAUUGUAACUUCCAUCAAUGUAAUUGUCUGCAUCACUUCCAAUCCCCCAUAUGUUUUUUCCUCGCAUAUAUAUAUAUAUAUAUAUAUAUAUAUAUAUAUAUAUAUAUAUAUAUAUAUACAGUGGGGAAAAAAAGUAUUUAGUCAGCCACCAAUUGUGCAAGUUCUCCCACUUAAAAAGAUGAGAGAGGCCUGUCAUUUUCAUCAUAGGUACACGUCAACUAUGACAGACAAAAUGAGGAAAAAAAAUCCAGAAAAUCACAUUGUAGGAUUUUUAAUGAAUUUAUUUGCAAAUUAUGGUGGAAAAUAAGUAUUUGGUCAAUAACAAAAGUUUCUCAAUACUUUGUUAUAUACCCUUUGUUGGCAAUGACACAGGUCAAACGUUUUCUGUAAGUCUUCACAAGGUUUUCACACACUGUUGCUGGUAUUUUGGCCCAUUCCUCCAUGCAGAUCUCCUCUAGAGCAGAGAUGUUUUGGGGCUGUCGCUGGGCAACACGGACUUUCAACUCCCUCCAAAGAUUUUCUAUGGGGUUGAGAUCUGGAGACUGGCUAGGCCACUCCAGGACCUUGAAAUGCUUCUUACGAAGCCACUCCUUCGUUGCCCGGGCGGUGUGUUUGGGAUCAUUGUCAUGCUGAAAGACCCAGCCACGUUUCAUCUUCAAUGCCCUUGCCAUUGAGUUACUGACGUGAUCUUCCUGUCUGGGUUGGCGCCCCCCCCUUGGUUUGUGCUGUGGUGGAGACCUCUGUGGGCUAUACUCGGCCUUGUCUCAGGAUUGUAAGUUGGUGGUUGGGGAUAUCCCUCUAGUGGUGCGGGGGCUGUGCUUUGGCGGAGUGGGUGGGGUUAUAUCCUUCCUGUUUGGCCCUGUCCGGGGGUUUCUUCGGAUGGGGCCACAGUGUCUCCGGACCGCUCCUGUCUCAGCCUCCAGUAUUUAUGCUGCAGUAGUUUAUGUGUCGGGGGGCUGGGGUUAGUUGGUUAUACCUGGAGUACUUCUCCUGUCUUAUCCAGUGUCCUGUGUGAAUUUAAGUAUGCUCUCUCUAAUUCUCUCGUUCUCUCUUUCUCUCUGAGAACCUGAGCCCUAGGACCAUACGUCAGGACUACCGGGCAUGAUGACACCUUGCUGUCCCCAGUCCGCCUGGCCUUGCUGCUAUUCCAGUUUCAACUGUUCUGCCUGCGGCUACGAAACCCCUACCUGUCCCAGACCUGCUGUUUUCAACUCUUAAUGAUCGGCUAUGAAAAGCCAACUGAGAGACCUGAGCCCUAGGACCAUACGUCGGGACUACCGGCCGUGGUGACUCCUUGCUGUCCCCAGUCCGCCUGGCCUUGCUGCUAUUCCAGUUUCAACUGUUCUGCCUGCGGUUAUGGAACCCCUACCUGUCCCAGACCUGCUGUUUUCAACUCUUAAUGAUCGGCUAUGAAAAGCCAACUGAGAUUUAUUCCUGAUUAUUAUUUGACCAUGCUUGUCACUUAUGAACAUUUUUGAACAUCUUGGCAUGGUUCUGUUAUAAUCUCCACCCGGCACAGCCAGAAGAGGACUGGCCACCCCUCAUAGCCUGGUUCCUCUCUAGGUUUCUUCCUAGGUUUUCGCCUUUCUAGGGAGUUUUUCCUAGCCACCGUGCUUCUACACCUGCAUUACUAGCUGUUUGGGGUUUUAGGCUGGGUUUCUGUACAGCACUUCGAGAUAUUAGCUGAUGUAAGAAGGGCUAUAUAAAAUAAAAUUGAUUGAUUGAUUGAUUGAUGGAAGGAGGUUUUCACUCAAAAUCUCACGAUACAUGGCCCCAUUCAUUCUUUCCUUUACACGGAUCAGUCGUCCUGGUCCCUUUGCAGAAAAACAGCCCCAAAGCAUGAUGUUUCCACCCCCAUGCUUCACAGUAGGUAUGGUGUUCUUUGGAUGCAACUCAGCAUUUUUUGUCCUCCAAACACGACGAGUUGAGUUUUUACCAAAAAGUUCUAUUUUGGUUUCAUCUGACCAUAUGACAUUCUCCCAAUCCUCUUCUGGAUCAUCCAAAUGCACUCUAGCAAACUUCAGACGGGCCUGGACAUGUACUGGCUUAAGCAGGGGGACACGUCUUCACUGCAGGAUUUGAGUCCCCUGCGGCAUAGUGUGUUACUGAUGGUAGGCUUUGUUACUUUGGUCCCAGCUCUCUGCAGGUCAUUCACUAGGUCCCCCCGUGUGGUUCUGGGAUUUUUGCUCACCGUUCUUGUGAUCAUUUUGACCCCACGGGGUGAGAUCUUGCGUGGAGCCCCAGAUCGAGGGAGAUUAUCAGUGGUCUUGUAUGUCUUCCAUUUCCUAAUAAUUGCUCCCACAGUUGAUUUCUUCAAACCAAGCUGCUUACCUAUUGCAGAUUCAGUCUUCCUAGCCUGGUGCAGGUCUACAAUUUUGUUUCUGGUGUCCUUUGACAGCUCUUUGGUCUUGGCCAUAGUGGAGUUUGGAGUGUGACUGUUUGAGGUUGUGGACAGGUGUCUUUUAUAUUGAUAACAAGUUCAAACAGGUGCCAUUAAUACAGGUAACGAGUGGAGGACAGAGGAGCCUCUUAAAGAAGAAGUUACAGGUCUGUGAGAGCCAAAUCUUGCUUGUUUGUAGGUGACCAAAUACUUAUUUUCCACCAUAAUUUGCAAAUAAAUUCAUUAAAAAUCCUACAAUGUGAUUUUCUGGAAAAAAAAUUCUCAAUUUGUCUGUCAUAGUUGACGUGUACCUAUGAUGAAAAUUACAGGCCUCUCUCAUCUUUUUAAGUGGGAGAACUUGCACAAUUGGUGGCUGACUAAAUACUUUUUUUCCCCACUCUAUAUAUAUAUAUAAUUUUUUUUUUUUUUUUUUUUCCUUUAUUACUUUCCAACCCCACCACCCCACCCCUAAUUGGAGUAAACUAGUGAACAACAACACUUAGGCCUCCUAAUUCCAGCUUAUACAUACUAUAUACAUUUUAUGGACACAGUCAAUUUUACAAUAAUUAUAUUUUGUUUGUUUUUACUCCUGAACUUCCUCUACCCUCAACCUCUCCGAUCAUUUUCAUGAUGUCCAUCCGGUUUGCUUCUAUAUGCCAUAUAUUUCUAACUGUGCUCUUUCACAAAAGCUCUCAACCUGCAACCUAUAUACUUAUUAUGGACACAGUAUGCUUUACAUUAGUUAUCUUGUUAUUAGUUAUUAGUCCCAUCCUUCAGCUCCAUUCAACACCUCCCAUCUAUCUUUCUUUUAACACCAUCCAUAUUGGAUUUCUAUUUGCCAUAUAUUUUAACUGUACUGUGUUGUUUCACAAAAGUUCUGAACACUUCUAUUCUCAUUGUUUCUACAGAUUGUGAAUUGAAAAUAAACAUUUUUGCUAAUAGUAUUAUUAUACACUGCUAAAAAUAAAUAAAGGGAACACUUAAACAACACAUCCUAGAUCUGAAUGAAUGAAAUAAUCUUAUUAAAUACUUUUUUCUUUACAUAGUUGAAUGUGCUGACAACAAAAUCACACAAAUUAUCAAUGGAAAUCAAAUGUAUCAACCCAUGGAGGUCUGGAUUUGGAGUCACCCUCAAAAUUUAAAGUGGAAAACCACACUACAGGCUGAUCCAACUUUGAUGUAAUGUCCUUAAAACAAGUCAAAAUGAGGCUCAGUAGUGUGUGUGGCCUCCACGUGCCUGUAUGACCUCCCUACAACGCCUGGGCAUGCUCCUGAUGAGGUGGCGGAUGGUCUCCUGAGGGAUCUCCUCCCAGACCUGGACUAAACUCCUGGACAGUCUGUGGUGCAACGUGGCGUUGGUGGAUGGAGCGAGACAUGAUGUCCCAGAUGUGAUAAAUUGGAUUCAGGUCUGGGGAACGGGCAGGCCAGUCCAUAGCAUCAAUGCCUUCCUCUUGCAGGAACUGCUGACACACUCCAGCCACAUGAGGUCUAGCAUUGUCUUGCAUUAGAAGGAACCCAGGGCACCAUGACUGACCCACCGCCAAACCGGUCAUGCUGGAGGAUGUUGCAGGCAGCAGAACGUUCUCCACGGCAUCUCCAGACUCUUGUCACGUCUGUCACAUGUGCUCAGUGUGAACCUGCUUUCAUCUGUGAAGAGCACAGGGCGCCAGUGGCGAAUUUGCCAAUCUUGGUGUUCUCUGGCAAAUGCCAAACGUCCUGCACGGUGUUGGGCUGUAAGCACAACCCCCACCUGUGGACGUCGGGCCCUCAUACCACCCUCAUGGAGUCUGUUUCUGACCGUUUGAGCAGACACAUGCACAUUUGUGGCCUGCUGGAUGUCAUUUUGCAGGGCUCUGGCAGUGCUCCUCCUUGCACAAAGGCGGAGGUAGCAGUCCUGCUGCUGGGUUGUUGCCCUCCUACGGCCUCCUCCACGUCUCCUGAUGUACUGGCCUGUCUCCUGGUAGCGCCUCCAUGCUCUGGACACUACGCUGACAGACACAGCAAACCUUCUUGCCACAGCUCGCAUUGAUGUGCCAUCCUGGAUGAGCUGCACUACCUGAGCCACUUGUGUGGGUUGUAGACUCCGUCUCAUGCUACCACUAGAGUGAAAGCACCACCAGCAUUCAAAAGUGACCAAAACAUCAGCCAGGAAGCAUAGGAACUGAGAAGUGGUCUGUGGUCACCACCUGCAGAACCACUUCUUUAUUGGGGGUGUCUUGCUAAUUGCCUAUAAUUUCCACCUGUUGUCUAUUCCAUUUGCACAACAGCAUGUGACAUUUAUUGUCAAUCAGUGUUGCUUCCUAAGUGGACAGUUUGAUUUCACAGAAGUGUGAUUGACUUGGAGUUACAUUGUGUUGUUUAAGUGUUCCCUUUAUUUUUUUGAGCAGUGUAUUAUUGAUCGAUUGACUGACUUUUCAGAUCACCCAUUAGUGCUAUCUGCAGGGUUAGCUCCAGGUAAAUAUUGCAAUCCUUCAGCCAUUCCUGGACCUUUCAAGCUACAAAUUAACAGUACCAAAACAAAAUAUCUAAUGAUUCUCUUCGCAGCAAAAUCUGCAGAGCUGGGAAGAUUGUAUCCCCCAUAUAAAUAACAUUCUAUUGGUAGCAAGAAUUUGGUAUAAUAAUUUAAAUUGAAAAAUUAUAAGUUUUGAAUCUGGCGUCGUUUUGCGUAUCAGUUCAUAAACACUGAGGAGACUUCUUUGUGAUCUUAUUGCACCUGAGAAAGCCCACAGAGCGUGUUAGUCACCACUAGUGCUGUUACGGUGACCAUAUCAUCGCCACACUGGCGGUCACGAGUCAUGACUGCAGUUAAAUUCCACAUGACCGUUUAGUCAAGGUAGCUAGGCUUCUCCAAAUCCGCGCUCUGAUGCUGCUGAUGGUCUUUAGUAGCCUACCAUACUUGCUAACUGCCUGGUACUCAGCACUCUAUUGUCCCUCUAAUCACUCUGACCUCAAUGCAAAUGUAAUCGAAAAUCAAAUCAAACACUUAAUGAGAGCCCAUGAGCUAAUGUUACGCAACAUUUCUAUAGGCUAUGCAAUAGCGUGAGAAUAGUUUUGAUGGUCUCUAUUAAAAAGAGGAUCCCAUCAGCUUUCUAUAGGCUAGGCCUAUUAUAUUUAUUUCUCUACUUUCCUAAUAUUAAGCACAUUGUUUCACUUUACAACAGGAGUAUAGCCUACCUGGCUGGUAUGAAAAUGAACCACAGGAAAAACGUCCUCCAUUCGCUAUUUAAGUGUAUAGAUGACAUGUCUUUUUUUUCCUCUGCCCGUCCCUGUUCUGAGACAGGUGCAUGAUAAUGGUCCAUUCUAAAUCAAAACUAAUUUCACACAUUAUUUAGUAUAUUUAAAGACCAGAUUAGUCUGAUGGUUGACAGUAUCACUUGUGAAUGAUGCCCAGCGUUUGCAGUAAGGCAAGAAACAGCGCAUGCCUCUUUUUCUCAACUUUUUCAAAUCAUAGAAGCACACCUCAUGUAGCCUAGCCCGUAGGCACAUAUGUUUGUAUCACAACUAAAGUGGCCAAAUAUCUUUAUUAAAAUUAAGCACAUUAAUCCGCUUUACAACUAGUGUAGAGCCUAACUGGCAUACAUAGGCGGUGCAUGAGUUUCAAGUUUCACCAUAAAAAUUCACCUUUUAUAAUAAAGCAUUCCAUGCAUAAUCACAUUUGAGAAGUGUUUUUCUGCUUAUUGAUUGCAUUUUGGAACAUUCGCGUGUAGCCUACUGCCGUGUGCACAUUCCUGCGCUUAUAAGUGAAGAAAUGGCCUAAUUCAACAUUUUAAGCUAAAUGUUCUUAUCUGUUGCAUCAGCCUCAUUGCUUUUUAAAAGGUUUUUUGAUGUGAGUGGUUGUAUUAAUUUAGGAUCUAUCACGUCCCACAACCGUCCCAGAGUAUAUUUGGAAUAUUUAUUUCUCGCACAGAAGGACAAGUUGACCAAUAGAAUAUGUCAACUUUUGUACUAUGGGGGAUGGUAGAUUGACAGAGGCUAGUGCUUUUGCUGUUCGUUAGGCCUACUCAUCUUGUUGGCUGACGAAAAGUAAAUGUGUACAGUUCUAACAUCUUCAAUAUGCACCUCUGAAUUCAAUAAGGUUGCGUCCCCGAUGUGCCUGUCUUCACCUGUAGCCUAUUUCGGAGCUGAGAUGCCUGUGUGAAGGACCCGAUCACGUGACUUGCUUUGGCUAAUAAGAAUUGAGAUAUGUGAGUGAGAGGUGCUUCAGAGCAUGGUGAUUGGCAGCCGGGAGAAGGGAAUUAUAAUUAUUAUAUUCAGCCCAAGGGCAAAAUGGGUACUUUGGCCGCAAGGAAUGGAUUUUUUUUUUUAGGGGGCAUUACGACCACACAAGGGGAUGAUGUUGGGAAAUCCAAGGCCUGGUGAGAAUAUUAUGUGCUUGUCAAAUUGUGAAUUAGAGACUGAUGAAGUGUGUGCAGCCUGUGCAAGAAACAAAGCCGAGCUCAUGACUUUUAAUUCAACUUUUUUCAAAUGAUCAUUAGUCGCGUCGUGCAGCAUUAGAAUGUAUUACAAUUCAAAACAUAUAGCCCAAAGUUUGUAUCACAACUGAAGUUGCAUAAAUAACUCUAAAUUAAGCAUAUAGGAGGACCUGUUUCUUUGUUAACCGCUAAACACAUAAUAGCCGCAUGUGCACACUCCCUUGGAAAUCAUUUGGAGAAAAUAUCCUUUCUAUUUUAUUCAGGUAUGUUUAGUUGUAUUCUUCAUACUGUCAAAUAAUGCCACGGGAUUCUAAGCAAAUCUUGUCUGCAAAAUGAACUAGUGUAGCCCACAGCCAUACGUCAUAGCCAGAUCAGGGCCUAACAUAAGGAUAACUCAGAGUAUGCUAUUCUGUUCUUCUGAAAUAGACAUUUAGACCGGUCUAAAAUAAUGCAUUUAUUAGCCUUUUUAAAAUGUGAUGUUCCAAAGGUCUGCAUCAGUGGCUUGUAGGCCAGGAGAUGCUAAACGUGUUUGUUAAUUUGGUCAAUUACCGUGAGACCGGCAGUUAUUUACUUGACAAUCACCGGCUGACAAUUUAUGACCGCCACGGCCCUAGUCGCCACUAGCAUACCCUUGAGGGUGUAUUUACGGAUGUAGGCUAAAAGCCUAUGCAGGGACUUUGGAUCUAUUCCCAGAAUUGGACCACAGAGACUAAGCAUCGACGGGCUGCAGUGGAGCGGGUCGAGAGCUUAAUGUUCCUCGGUGUCCAAAUCACUAAGGACUUAAAAUGGUCCAAACGCUCAGUCUUGAAGGCGCGACAGCGCCUCUUACCCCUCAGCAGGCUGAAAUGUUUCGGCAUGGGCCCUUAAAUCCUCAAGAAGUUCUACAACUGCACCAUUGACAGCAUCUUUACUUGCUGCAUCACUACUUGGUAUGGCAACAGCACCGCCCUCGAUCGCAUGGCGCGACAGAGGGUGGUGCGGACAGCCCAGUACAUCACUGGGGCCAAGCCCCCUACCAUCCAGGACCUCCAUCAGGCAUUGUGAAAGGAAGGCCCAGAAAAUCGUUAAGACUCCAGCCACCCAAGACGGACUGUUCUCUCUGCUUUCGGGUACCGGUGCAUCAAGUCUGACACCAAUAGGCUCCUGAACAGCUUCUACGCAUAUACAAUCAUAUACGCUGCUGCUACUUUAUCAUAUCAUGAUGCCUAGUCACCUUACCCCUAUACAUAUCUACCUCUACCACUCCAGUAUCCCAGCACAUUGUAAAUAUGGUGUUGGAACUGACCCUGUAUAUGUCUUGCUUGCUUCUCGUGUUCUUCUUUUUAUUUCUCGUGUGUUUUUGUACAACCUUAUGUUAUUUUUAAUACUACAUUGUUAGGUUUAGAGCUUGCAAUAAAGGCAUUUCUCACUCUACUUGUGCACGUGACAUUUAAAGACUUACCUUUUUAUUGAUUCUGGUCUGUGUCUUGUACAGCUGAACAUGGAGGAUCCCUGUAUCAUCUGCCAUGAAGACAUGUCCCAGGAGGACCUGUGUGUGCUGGAGUGCAGACACAGCUUCCACAGAGAGGUAAGGCCACCUUCAUCACACCGAUAAGUAGUCUGCAACUGAGUUUGCCCAGCGCUUUUAUGUGGCCCUGUGGUUAUUUAGGGCUAGCAGAACACAGGAAUUUGACAUUUCUGUUUUGAUCAGUCUCUAUUUAUACCACAGCUUUCUUUUCAUCUCCCCUUCUCUCUGUCGCUUUCUCUAGUGUAUUAAGUCAUGGCUGAAGGAGCAGAGCACCUGUCCCACCUGCAGAGAGCACGCUCUCCUGCCCGAGGACUUCCCUCUGCUGCCUGGCAGAAUCCGCAGGGGCCACACGCCCGCCUUCUCC